GCUCUCUCUCUUUCUCUUUCUCACUCACAAUGGCUCUCCACCUCAAAACCACCCUCCUCUUUUUUCAUUUUAUUCUCUCACUAACUCUAGCAACUCCCUCAUCAUCUCUCAACUCAAAAGAUGAAGGGGAAGAAGGAGAAUGGAUAGAAGCAACCGCAACUUUCACUAGCUCACCAGACUCCUCCACUCUCGCUGGAGGAGCGUGCGGGUACGGUGACCUGAACGAAUCCGGAUACGGUAAGCAUACCGCAUCAGCGGUGAGCGGAGCGCUAUUCUCUCGGGGCGAAGCCUGCUUCGAGGUUCGGUGCGUUGACCACAUAUUGUGGUGCAGGCAAGGGAGCCCCUCGAUUGUGGUCACCGCCACGGACUUCUGCGCUCCUAAUUAUGGGCUCGCUGAUGACUACGGAGGGUGGUGUAAUUACCCCCGUGAGCAUUUUGAGAUGUCGGAGUUCGCCUUUGUUAAGAUCGCGGUGAGAGUUGCCGAUAUCGUACCGGUUCAGUAUCGGAGAGUGAACUGUGAGAGAUAUGGAGGAAUAAGGUUCACAGUAACUGGGAGCUCCUAUUUCCUUCAGAUACUAAUAACGAAUGUAGCGUCAGAUGGCCAAGUGACCGCGGUCAAAGUGAAGGGAUCAAGAACUGGUUGGAUACCGAUGGGGAGAAACUGGGGUCAGAAUUGGCAGUGCAAUACCGAGCUCAGAGGCCAGCCUUUAUCUUUCGAGGUGACCAACGGUGCAGGGAGAAUGUUAACAUCUUACAAUGUUGCUCCCUCAAACUGGCAAUUUGGACAGACGUUCGAAGGGAAGCAAUUUGAGAGAUAGAAUGUAGAUUUCGUAAGGACUUUUGAGUUUGAAAACGAUCAUUUUGGGUAUCCAUUGUGUUUUGAGACGUUGAGAUUCUCUAAAGAGAGAUCAUAGAUAAAAUACUGGAAGAUCGUCCGAA